GAGACCGUUCCACAGUACCGUGGUUCUCUGCCCACGAAAUCAGAGCAGAUACCGUUGGCUCUCAGCACUUUUCCUUUCACAAUGAGGGCUGGGCUUCCAAGGGCAAAGGCUCAAGUGUUUUCUGGCAUUUCAUGGAGUCAAAGUGCAACUCCAUCACAGUCCUCCUUUGAGUUAUAGGAGCGUGCAUUCUAAGUGUCCGAGACCUCUGCCUAUCCUGGACAAAGUCCUUCUCUGUGCUCGGCGGGUGUUGUCCUGAUGACACAGUAGAGACUCUUUGUGGUUCAGACUUUGAAGGUUUGAAAAGAUCACCUCAUGAACAGAAAAGCUACCUCCCCAGUUUUUCUGAACCUUUAUAUUUACCGAAGGAAACCCGAGAAGGCAUGAUUGGCUAUUGAGAAUGCCUGGCGUGUUUCCCUGUUAAUCUGCCAGAUGGUGUUUUAUAAUAGGGCUUUAAAAACACAGAAAGCAAACCUCAUGGAAAUGUGUGUUGACUUCAUGGUGAAAGAGAGCUGUGUUAGACGGGGAUGUUCAGCCAGCAGUCAGGACUUUGCUUUGGGACAGCUGUACAUUAGUGAAAUUGUCACCUGAACUAGUCACAGCCAUGAAAGGUUUGUGUUAUCUGUAUAUCAGCACCAUGGUGCUUAACGCUGAUGCUAUGGUAACCCCGAAGGCCCAGUGUCUAGGAAAUAUGGGUGCUUUAUGAUAUAACAUGCACCUUGGAUUUCACCUAGAAUGCCUGGGGAUGUUUUUUCACUCGGGGCUUUUUUUUUUUUUUUUUUUAUUAUUUACAAUGCUUACUUGACUGUUAGAAGCACUGAAACCCUGGCAGCCAUACUUUUGCAGGCUGCCUUGUCAGCCCACCCAUCACCCACGUGUUUAGGUAUUUAACUCACUAGAGACUCAGAUCACAGUGCACUUGAACUGUUACAAUCAGUACCGUGCUGUUUUCUCUUUCUUUCUUUCUUUCUUCCUUUCUUUCUUCCUUUCUUUCUUCCUUCCUUCCUUUCUUUCUUUCUUUCAAAAGGAAUUUUCUCCAAGUAUCUGUUCAGUUAAUUCCCUACCACCCUACUUUUAAGAUUAGAUAUAUGUCUGGAUUUGUUGACCAUUAUAGUAGCAUUAUUUAAAUUUGUAAUGGACAACAAGGAGUUGUUCAUAUAUUUUUAAAGGUUUUUGGUUUUGGUUUUGAGGAACUCAUUAUUUACCCCUGGGUGGCCUGGAACUCACUCUGUAGACCAGGCUGGACCUGCUCCUGCCUCCCGAGUGCUUGGAUUAAACGUUUGCUCCAUCAUGGCUGAGCAAGUUGUUUCAUUUUUGUUUUCUAAUUAUGUAAGUAUGUGCACGUGUACAUGCGUGCACAUGAGUGUGCACACAGGAGAGCGUAAGAGAGUCAGAGCGCUGGUCCUCCGCAAGAGCAGUACAAACGUCUAACCACUGAGCCCUCUCUCUAGGCCCUAGAGAUAUUUUUGGGAUACAGUGGAAUGUUUUGAUGUAUGUGGGCAUUAUAGAAUAAUUAAAUAAGGCUAUUUAACAUGUCUGUUACCUCCCAUACUUGGAUAUGUGGUAUAACCAUUUAAGAACCUGAUCAAUUUUGACAUACUUAUUUGCUCUAUACAGUCUAGCCAAAGGAUUAUCUACCAUAACUCUUUCUUAUUUUUCUUGCUGUUGUGUUUGAAUGAGUUAGUUUAUUAAGCAUGUAACAAGCACAAGUAGAAAAAUAGCAUGUGGCAGACAAGCAGCAGAUACAUCAUUAACAAAGUAUCAUUAGAUCAGACAACUGGAGUGGCCUGAUUGAGAGAGCAAAGGCAACAUCGCAUUUAGCCACAUCCAGCAGACAUUGACUGGGGAGGCCACAUAGAAGCAGUCUAUUGGGUUCCCAAUUGAUAGAGAGUCAAUGGAGCAGAUCGUGACCUAGGAUGAGAUUUCCAAGUUAAAAACAGCACAAAUAGUACCAGAACGAUAAUAUCAAAUUGGGGGGUGGGGCUUACAAACCUCCAAUAGAAACCACCUGGGGAAGUUGAAGCCGUCAGCCUGGAGUUUCUGAUUGAAUUUGGGCUCCGUGAAUAACCUUCUCAUGGCUGAACUUCUGGCCUCUUAUUUCUGCUGCAGAUAUUUUUUUACUCUAUGAGAUAUACAGUAACAAGGUUGGAAUAGUUUAGUUUCUAGCAGUUCUCAAGGGUGCAAUGCUUUAAUGCCCUUAGCCGCUUGCUGACCUCCCUCCGCCAAGCCCCGGACGGAGCCAGGAAUUCACCUGACCCAGAACAGGCUGUUUUAGAAGAUGCUUGACAAUAACAUGCUUGGGUCUGAAGGGGGAGCGAGGAGCUUCUCAGCUCAAACAUCACAUGGCAAUUUGGCAAUCUAAUGCACGCCCUAUUGCUUUUUUUUGUUGGUCUGGCUUGGUUUUUUGAGACAAUGUCUGUCUGUGUAGCCCUAGCUGACCUGGAACUCGCUCUGUAGACCAGGCUGGCCUCUGCCUCCCGAGUGCUGGGAGGCAUGCACCACCACUGCCUGGCACAGUAUUACAUUAUUGUUAAGUUAAACUUCAUCCUCUUGAUUAGCAGUGGCUUGCAGUUUACCAGCAGGUCCUGUCCACGAUCGUUUUUUAAGCUGAAGUUUCCCUGGGCCCCUUGCACUACCUACCUGUCCUGCUCCCCUUAAUUUAACUGUAUGGGAGCAGUUGUGUGUGCUUGAAGUUUCUCCUCUGGUCACACAAUAAAAUUUGUUGAUUUCAUCCGGAUCUAGUGCUACCCACAAAUGUUUUGUGCAUGGCCCCAUGGCACAUGGAGACUCGUGGAUAAGAUUGGGAAGAACUCGGUAUAGAUUGUUGAUCUGGACGGCCUGGCUUCUACCAGCUGAGGUGCAUCCCAGCUCUAGAAACUGAAAUGCCCAGUAUGAGAACCCACCUCAUAUCUAUGCCCUUGCAGACAGUAUGUACAGAAACAUGAUCAUCGACAGAGAGAACCAGUGUGUCAUCAUCAGUGGUGAAAGUGGUGCUGGAAAGACAGUAGCUGCCAAGUACAUCAUGAGCUACGUCUCCAGAGUGUCCGGAGGAGGCCCCAAGGUCCAGCAUGUCAAGGACAUCAUCCUUCAGUCCAACCCACUCCUGGAGGCCUUCGGGAAUGCCAAGACAGUCCGCAACAACAACUCCAGCCGAUUUGGAAAAUACUUUGAAAUCCAGUUCAGUCCAGGUGGGGAACCAGAUGGUGGCAAGAUCUCCAACUUCCUUCUGGAAAAGUCCAGAGUGGUGAUGAGGAACCCGGGAGAACGGAGCUUCCACAUAUUCUACCAGCUCAUCGAGGGCGCCUCUCCAGAGCAGAAGCAAAGCCUUGGUAUCACCAGCAUGGACUACUAUUAUUACCUGAGCCUCUCAGGGUCAUACAAGGUUGAUGACAUUGAUGACAAGCGGGAUUUCCAGGAAACCCUGCACGCCAUGAAUGUGAUUGGGAUCUUCUCAGAGGAGCAGACUCUCGUGCUGCAGAUUGUGGCUGGAAUUCUCCACUUGGGAAACAUCAACUUCAAGGAAGUGGGCAACUAUGCGGCCGUGGAGAGCGAAGAAUUUUUGGCUUUUCCUGCGUAUCUGCUGGGUAUAAACCAAGACCGGUUAAAAGAGAAGCUGACGAGCCGGCAGAUGGACAGUAAGUGGGGAGGAAAGUCAGAGUCCAUCCAUGUGACCCUCAAUGUGGAGCAGGCCUGCUACACCAGGGAUGCCCUCGCCAAGGCCCUGCACGCGCGAGUCUUUGAUUUCUUGGUGGAUUCCAUCAAUAAAGCUAUGGAGAAGGACCACGAGGAGUACAACAUUGGUGUCCUGGACAUCUAUGGCUUUGAAAUAUUUCAGAAAAAUGGCUUCGAGCAGUUCUGCAUCAAUUUCGUUAAUGAAAAAUUACAGCAGAUUUUUAUCGAGCUGACGCUAAAGGCCGAGCAGGAAGAAUACGUUCAGGAGGGGAUAAGAUGGACACCCAUUGAAUAUUUCAAUAAUAAAAUUGUGUGUGACCUCAUAGAGAGCAAAGUCAACCCUCCUGGAAUUAUGAGCAUCCUGGAUGACGUGUGUGCCACCAUGCAUGCUGUGGGUGAGGGUGCUGACCAGACACUGCUACAGAAGCUCCAGAUGCAGAUCGGGAGCCAUGAGCACUUUAACAGCUGGAACCAAGGUUUCAUUAUUCACCACUAUGCUGGGAAGGUUUCCUAUGACAUGGAUGGCUUCUGUGAAAGGAACCGGGAUGUGCUAUUCAUGGACCUGAUUGAGCUCAUGCAGAGCAGUGAGCUGCCUUUUAUAAAGUCUUUAUUUCCUGAAAACCUGCAAGCCGACAAGAAAGGGCGCCCAACGACUGCAGGAAGCAAAAUAAAGAAACAAGCCAAUGACCUCGUGAGCACCCUGAUGAAAUGUACACCCCACUACAUUCGCUGCAUAAAACCGAACGAAACCAAGAAGCCCAAAGACUGGGAGGAGAGCAGAGUGAAGCAUCAAGUGGAGUACCUGGGUCUCAAGGAAAACAUCCGAGUGAGAAGGGCUGGUUAUGCUUAUCGGCGUGUCUUCCAGAAAUUUCUACAGAGGUAUGCCAUUCUGACCAAAGCUACCUGGCCUGUGUGGAGAGGAGAUGAGAAACAAGGUGUCCUCCAUCUGCUACAGUCUGUCAACAUGGACAGCGACCAGUUCCAGCUCGGGAGGAGUAAAGUGUUCAUCAAAGCCCCGGAGUCUCUAUUUCUUCUGGAAGAGAUGAGAGAGAGAAAGUAUGAUGGGUACGCACGCGUGAUACAGAAAACAUGGAGGAAGUUUGUGGCCCGCAAGAAGUAUGUCCAGAUGAGAGAAGACGCCUCAGACCUGUUGUUGAACAAGAAGGAGAGGAGGAGAAACAGCAUCAACCGAAACUUCAUCGGGGACUACAUCGGGAUGGAGGAGCACCCGGAGCUCCAGCAGUUUGUGGGCAAGAGGGAGAAGAUUGACUUUGCUGACAUAGUCACCAAGUAUGACAGGAGGUUCAAGGGUGUCAAGCGAGACCUGCUGCUAACCCCAAAGUGCUUGUACUUAAUUGGAAGGGAGAAGGUGAAGCAAGGCCCGGACAAAGGUCUUGUGAAGGAAGUCCUGAAGCGGAAGAUCGAGGUGGAAAGGAUCCUGUCCGUGUCCCUCAGUACCAUGCAGGAUGACAUCUUCAUUCUCCAUGAGCAAGAGUAUGACAGUUUGCUUGAGUCCGUCUUUAAAACAGAGUUCCUGAGCCUUUUAACAAAGCGAUAUGAGGAAAAAACCCAGAAGCAACUACCUCUGAAAUUCAGCAAUACCCUUGAACUGAAGUUGAAAAAGGAGAACUGGGGUCCCUGGAGUGCUGGGGGCUCCCGGCAAGUGCAGUUCUACCAAGGCUUCGGUGACCUGGCCAUCCUCAAGCCCAGCAACAAAGUGCUGCAGGUCAGCAUUGGACCUGGGCUGCCCAAGAACGCCCGUCCCACCAGAAGAAACACUGUCUCAAGCAGAGGGUAUUCUGGUGGAACUAACAACAAUUACCCGAUGAGAGCCGCCCCUGCUCCCCCAGGAUGCCAUCGAAAUGGCCUCACCAGAAACCAGUUUGUGCAUCCUCCCCGUGCCUCUGGAAACCAGAGGUCCAAUCAGAAAAGCCUAUACACCUCUAUGGCCCGCCCACCCUUGCCAAGGCAACAGUCCACAGGCUCAGACCGAUUGUCUCAGACACCGGAGAGCCUGGAUUUCCUCAAGGUCCCGGACCAGGGUGCUGCUGGAGUCCGAAGACAAACGACCAGCCGGCCUCCCCCAGCAGGCGGCAGACCAAAGCCUCAGCCCAAGCCUAAGCCUCAGGUGCCGCAGUGCAAGGCUCUGUAUGCCUACGAUGCUCAGGACACAGACGAACUCAGCUUCAAUGCCAAUGACGUCAUCGAUAUUAUUAAGGAAGAUCCUUCUGGCUGGUGGACGGGUAGACUACGAGGCAAGCAGGGCCUGUUUCCUAACAACUAUGUCACCAAGAUCUGAGGCGCCCAGAAAUUGUCAUGCAGGCAGAGGAGCUCCAGACGUGGACUGGGGAGGGGACUUUUUGGGGACUCCCCUUCUGAUCCACAAUGAGCAACUGCUACUCCAAGGUCUGAAGCUAUUCUGGUACCUUCCCCAUGGAAGACGCAGAAAAGCUUGGGAUGGGAACAAGGAGUUUCACUCCGUAAAUGAUCCUAAAAGGUAGUCUAGUUCCCAGGAGCGCCAAAACAACCACCCACUAAGAUUUAUUUAUUGUAUUUAAAUCUGGUGAAAGCAGCAGGGGCUGCUGGGUGUCUAUCCCGCAGCCUCCAGCGCACUCACCAAGCCCAGGGGACAGCAGGUGGUGACUAUGACAAGUGCCUUUAGUUGAAGAGCACGUUUCAUUCAUUCCUCUCUUCCAUACCUGAUACAUUCCUUUCUGCUAACCCUCCUUCAGGGAGGACCCACCCUCUGCAGGCUGGACUUGGUGUGAACAGGCACUCACCUGUCAAUGCCAAGGGCAGGCCGUCCUUCCAAGCCCAUGGGAGCCAGGGCCACUAAGACUGCUGGUGGGGAGGAAGUUGGGUGCUGGGCUGACUGAUGGUCUUGCUUUCCCUUGGUCUUUGCUUGUAAUGUGGCUGGCCCAUGUUGGUUUUAUGUUUAAUGUUGUGCUUAUAAGAAGAAAGAUCCCCCCCCCCACCCAAGCUGUACAUUUAUAAAAAAGUGACCAUAUACUGUAUAUAGAAAAGUCUAGAAGCACGUAUGAAUGCCGCAGGUAGUAUUCCACUGUACCCAUUCGUGAAGGUAGGUUUUAUUACAGGAUUUGCACCAGGUACUUACAGACGCCCCCUCUCCUCUUUGCCUAGAGAGACAGUCACUGCAUUCCUGCACAGCCCCUCAGACCCCCUGACCCUCUCCAUGUAGGUAAAUCUCCUGUCACCCCUCUGCCGUCCUCCCCUACCUCCUCAAUAAAUGUAACGGAGUCAGUGCAA